AUGGACCGGAUCCGCGACUCGCUGGCUUACUUUGGUCAGCAUAAUACUGAACACGUGGAGUACAGUCGCCUGAGCGCUCUCUUCAACAACGGAUUGAAGUCCCUCCAGAAGUUGUUUGAUGAAACCCUGCAGAACUCAUUUGCCCCAAUUUCGCCCGAAAGGCUCUAUAAGCUCGUCGAGAAGGAGGACACCAUUUCUAUUGCUGAGCAGCAGCCGUCGGAAGCGGCAGGACCGGAACUUGAACAAGUUUCGCCCGAAGUGGCUCAGCGUUUGCAGCAGAUUUCCGCCUGGUUGCGCAAGCUGGACUCCGCGAAUGCGACAGCACAGCGUUUCCAAAAAGCCGAUGGAGCGAAUCUGCCCGACUCGCUGAGUCGUUACUGUGACUUCCGCAAGGAUCUUAUGCGGCUCUCCCUAGUUCGCGCGGCCGAGUUGGAGCAUUCAACCGGAGUCUGGAUCUUGUGCCUCCUGGCCGAAAACGGUAGGUGCUCAACUGUUCAAUCAAAUUGUUAA